CCGAAGAACAGUCCUUGCCUCACUCCUACCAGCCUCCUUUCAUCAAGAGUAGUAGGAUGUUUGUGUCAUGUCCAAAAUCGCUUGGUCAAUCACCAGCACCAAGCGGAAGACCAGGCCCGCAUCUUCGGCGCCUAGGAAGCGACAACGACGAAAUGACACGGACGGCACCUCUAGCAGUCGACCCUCGAAGAGCCAACGGACUCUGACCCAGGCCGAAUGGAUCACCACCUUCCCCCCAAGCGAUGAUGAAGCCGACAUGCUGUAUCUAGAUGACGGGCAAAGGCAUACGCCGGCGCCAAAAAAACCUCGCCAGAGCGCACAACGACCGAAGUCUACACUGACCCAGAUGGAUUUCUUCAGUUCUCUUCCUCGAGAUUGCCAAGAUUUUGAUGACACCAUGAUUGGCGUUGCAGACGGCGACGAUGGCGGUUGCGCUGUCCCGCAACUAGACGGCACAUAUGACAGUCCGAGGAGGCCUCGAAAACGCAAAGCAACUCCUAACGCUGCGAGUUUGCCGACGAAGCAGAAGACCGAACCCGCGAACGGAGAUAGCCAGGCAGAGUACAGGCCUACCAAGAGAAAGAGAAAGGUUGGCUUCGCAGACGAGGAGAAUGCAGAAGAACCUCGAAGAGCAUCUAAGCGUUUGGCAUCGAAGAAUGAGGUGCUCUCGGAUCCAGUGAAGAACUUCGAUUACUUUGCGAAAGCAUUGACUGAUGAGGCGGAACAAGGGAACCACAACGGUGUAGAUGAGCCCUUCAACUGUCCUUUGGAGAUUGUGGACACGACAGAAGAUGAGAUUGAAAUCGCACCGGAUACACUGUCGAAAAGUCGAUGCUCUGCUCUCCCUGAAACACCAAAAAAGAACACCACUGUCAUUCUCUCAAGCCAGUCUCCGGAAAGCUUAUGUGAGAGUACGCAGAGGAGCAAUCGAAAGCCGCCCGUAACCUCUUCUAGAACGCGCCGACUACCUUUGGCUGAACGAUCGACCAAUGUUCCUGCUGUAGCAUUCCCAACUAGGAAAGGAGGGAAAAGACGGGGAGCCUCCAGGAAUGAGUCGAAUAAGAGCAGGGUGGUCGUCCUGAAGCUUCCGAAGCGAGAUCGGCCUCAACGUCCUACACUUAUUGAGGAUCCUCAAGCAAUUUUGUGGUCAAUUCCUUCGUCCUCCCCCGAAUUGAUAAGACCUGCGACCGCUGUCCAAGCACCUGCAGCUCCAUACAGUGCCGCCGAAGACAUUGAAAUUCCUGCCACAAGCCAAGCACAGGGAAGUGGAUUGGCCUCGUUGAACGCCGGGAGUGAGGACAAUCUACCAAACCUGAGUCAGCUUUUUGCGAGCAGAAGCGGUGGCACAAGGACAGAAGAUGCGGCGGACUCUGCACAGAAAGGAGAUCGAGGCGUCACUGUCCGAGACUUUGCUGACGCUCACUUUUCGGCAACCAAGUCCUCCACUCCACCUCUCGAUGGCAUCGUCAGGUCUUCGCCGCCCGUCCAUUCAGAGACACAAGAUCCAAAAGAGCCGGCAAGUGAAUCUUCGGAGGAAAGUUGCGAGGCUGCGGAUUUCGGAUCACCAAUUGCAAAUGACACGCAAUUCAAUAUACAGAUUCAGCACCGUUUAUCAUCCCCUAGUCCAGCAGAGCAACCUCUAGAACAGUCAAAAGCUAGAAUCGAUGCGGUUCUGUUUUCGACACCACCGUCGAUUGAUCGCGAACGUGACGUUAGAGACGGUGACGCUCCAUGCUCCGUCCUUCAAAAUAUUGGCGCAUUGCGCUCGUCAGAAUCGCCUCCGCCGAUACCGAGACUUGUAGAGCGUUGCAGCGCAGACGCGGAUAGUGAGGCACCUGAACUUGUCGACGAUGAGGCAGGCGAAGUACCUUUCCCGAAGCCUUUGUUUGUACAUCCAUCGAGCGUCCAUCGAAAGCUAACACAAGCGCCGCUAAACGAUACCUUACAUACCUCCUCGUCGCCUUCUCUUCCAUCGGGAAGACUUGCCACGCAAGGAUCUGUCCAUCCGGCCUCAAUUCCUCACCCGUCACAAAUGUCGACCCAAGAUGUUACGCAAGGCUUUCUUCCCCCGUCAUCUUUCCCACACCAGUGUCGGGAGAGUGUGUUUGAAGGCGAGCCCGACAAGAUCACGAUCAAAGACUCCAGCUCCUCCAGUAUUCCGCUCAGCCAGAUUCCCCAACAUGCCGGACGCGACGAAUCUCAACAGAAUCGCGACAUCGGUCCAGCUCUAGAAUCCGAUUCUGAAGAUGAUGUAGAUCUGGAUUUGGAUCCACCUUCCCUCCCGCCUCGGCCAUCUCGACCUCAGGUGGCUUUCCCUCCAGAGCAUACCGAACCAGUCACCGCCGGCAAAAGCAGAUCAGGGUCGGCUGUGAAGACAAACGGCAGUCACACCUCCAAAUAUCAGAGCCCCCAGUCCAGCUCACAACCUGGAGAGCCUCAAUCUGAAACCGCCUCCACAGCCAGCCACUCUUCGGAACUCUCACUACCAUCUUCACCGGAACGGCCGCCCCCGUUGCAGAGACAGUACUCACCGAUUCCCGGAUUCAACAACGACACGCAGUCGAAUUUUACGCAGGAUGGACACGUCACCGCCGCGUAUAUCCACCGUCAGCGCGAAUCCGGCGUCUUCCCGAAGUGGUUCGUGCCCACCCCGUACCAGGUCCCGGGGUAUACGAGACGGAAAUAGGUUGAGUCAACGGUACUGGAGGGGGAAGAAAUGUGGUGUCGGGGUUGGCUGUUUGAGGUCCUUCUGGGUGUCCUUGAAUGGUCUCUUUCUCUAAGUAUCCCGAACUUGCGUGGCGGGGAGGCUGGUUCGGGAUGUGCAUAUCUGUUGAACUUGUCGUGAGGUGCAUUGUGUCGCGCUGGAAGGCGCUGUGAUGCAAUGACUAGCGCACGGCCUGUGUGUGAACCAUGGAAUAGAA